AUGGCGAACAUGCUCAUCCUUACAGGCAUGGCCACAAUCCUCGCCGCCAGCACUGUCAUCAUAGUCACCUCUGUCAGCCUCAGCCCCGCGCGCAUCCACUUCUCCAUCACCGACGCCAACGGUGCGAACAGCACCGUGGACGGAAUGGCCGGGGUGUCCUUCAACUUCAACCUCACCGUCGGCAACCCCAGCCAUCGCGCAGGGGUGGAGUAUAAGGACGUCAUCGUGAACCUGCAGCUCGCCCGUAAGCGCGUGAAGAGGAAAUCAGUGCCGGCGACGGUGAAUGAAUCCAUGCCGCUGAGCCAGCGGCCCAACCGCCCCAUAUCCAUGGCCGUCGCAGCGUUCGUGGAGCAGGACUUGUUAGAUCUCUACUUGAAGAAGGUGCACUACAGAGACCAUCCUACGUUGACAAUCAUUGUCACAGCACUGGUCCAUUUCAAGGUUGGGGUGACCUACACCAGACUCUACGACAUUACUAUCUCCUGCCCGCCCGUCGACUUCUUCGACGUCUUCCAGGACGGCAGCGUGAUAAACAUUUUCCCGAAGGGCAACAUCAAUUGCUCUGCCUGA